UAAGGCUUACGGGAUGUGACAGCUGACUGAAAAUCAAUGAAGUGUGAUUUACCAAGCGUCAUAAUGAGGGCAAGAUAAGGCUAGGAAGGUGCUGCCCUGCCUUGCCGGCUCAACUGCCUGCUUCGAUUUUUAACUAGAUUGUUUAAGUCCCCUGCAAAGAUGAGACCGAUUUGCUAAUGAAAACAGAAGAUCAGAUUUAACGGAAAAGCCACGGUGGUGCCCAUGCUUUGCCUAGUGCUCAUUGUGCUGUGUCUGAGCCGCUCAGAUGUGAAUGCCUUCAGUUCAGUUGCUGAAAAUGAGGAUGCACUCCUCAAGCACUUAUUUGAAGGCUAUCAGAAAUGGGUCCGCCCUGUGGAAAACUCCAACGACACCAUCAAAGUCCUUUUUGGGUUAAAGAUAUCACAGCUUGUGGAUGUGGAUGAGAAGAAUCAGCUGAUGACAACCAACGUGUGGCUGAAACAGGAAUGGAUCGACCACAAGCUCUCCUGGAAUCCAGAUGAAUAUGGUGGGAUCACUGCUAUCCGGGUUCCCUCUGAGUCUCUGUGGCUUCCUGACAUCGUUUUGUUUGAAAAUGCUGAUGGACGUUUUGAGGGAUCCUUGAUGACCAAAGCCAUAGUGAAGUACAAUGGAGUGGUGACCUGGACACCACCGGCCAGUUAUAAGAGCUCCUGCACAAUGGAUGUGACCUUCUUCCCCUUCGACAGGCAGAACUGCUCCAUGAAGUUUGGGUCGUGGACUUAUGAUGGCAAUAUGGUGGACUUGAUUUUAGUGGAUGAAAAUGUAGACAGGAAAGACUUCUUUGAUAAUGGGGAGUGGGAGAUCUUAAACGCCAAAGGUAUGAAAGGCAACAGGAAGGAUGGGCUGUACUCUUACCCAUUUGUCACUUACUCCUUUGUAUUGAGGCGCCUUCCAUUGUUUUACACUCUUUUCUUAAUAAUCCCUUGCCUGGGCUUGUCUUUUCUAACUGUCCUGGUGUUUUACCUACCUUCAGAUGAAGGUGAAAAGCUUUCAUUAUCAACGUCAGUUUUAGUCUCCCUCACUGUUUUCCUUUUAGUGAUUGAGGAAAUAAUCCCUUCUUCUUCCAAAGUCAUCCCUCUGAUCGGUUGUACAAGACUGGAAGUUUGUAGCUCAAGUCCUGGAUCGCAUCUUCCUGUGGUUAUUUCUGGUGGUGUCAGUGACGGGUUCAGUCCUCAUCUUUACCCCUGCAUUACGGAUGUGGUUGAACAACACUUUGUAGAAAACACUCCCUCAGUAACAUACAACAAGUAUGGUGGCAAGGCACAGUGGUGCCUUGGAGCUUGGUCUCUGCUAUACAAGAGGGGAAGCAGCAGCAAGAAUGAGGGAAAGUGAUGGUAACAAUGGGCAUUUAUUAGUAGUGCUUUCAAUCUUAAUAAUAACUAUACCAGUUACAGAUUUUGUCUGAAAUCAGAGAAGAGCUUGGUGCACAGCCAAGGCCUAAAGUGAACUGGGGUUGCACAGCUGAGUUAUUAUUUUAUUGUUAGCUUGGUUGUAUUACUAUAAAAACCAAAAUAAUUAGUUAAAAUUGGAAAUAGAAGGUGUUGCAGAAUCAUUGUAUUUAAAAGGCAGAUAUGCCAGUUCAAAUGCUACAUUGUAAAAGAAGUUACAGUAGGAACACAAAUCUCUACUCAGUUUAUCUGCGUUACCAAUUAAAAAGCAGUGUAAGUGUCUACAGAUUGCGUUAUGUGUCAGAACUGGCAAUUGCAUAGCAUAUGCAUCAGAAAAAGUAUAAAUUCUUCUUCGAUGGGAUGUUCAAAACCUGUUUGGCCUCACCUUGCUGUAGGAUCAGCUUGAUGGGGCAGAACCUACCACUGCCCACCUGCUACCAGCCUUUAUGCCAUGCACACUUUUCUCUCACCUCAGCCAUCAGGAAGCUACAAGGUAUUGCCCACUUUUCAGGAUUAUUUGCAAUUUUGCUUGCUGCUCUGUAGUGUACCAGAAGGCUGACAAAGUGAGGAGUUUUCCCAAUGCUCCACAUUUAGAAACUAUUAUUCCUUCACCUGCUUGUUCACAAGUGGAAGAUCACCUAAGUGAAGGUGGCUAUGCUAUUCCAUAAGGCGACAGUGAUAUUCCUGAAAUGUUCAGCUGCAGGGAAGCUGCAGAUAUCUCUUUUGGCAGAUGAAAGUUUUGGUUGUUGCACGAGUGUGGUUUCUCUUGAGAGCUAUGGGAUGGGCUGGUCACCAGGAAGAUACAUUUUUAGAUGUUGGCUUGUUCAUGUUUCCUAGGCAAUUUGGAAUUUCACUCCUUUUAUUAAUUUAUUGUGGGAUCCUUUUGCAUUAUUAGAAACAGCUCUUAAAAGUGUUAAAUAAGUGAGAUGUCACAGAAAGCCCAGGUGAAACUCCUGAACAAUUUUUGCUGGGGCAGUGUUUUCCAACAUGGCGUGCUUUAGAAAAUCCCAUUCAGAACUUGCAAAUAUUUUCAGGGUUAGCAAGGGAUUUGGAGAUGAAAUUUUUGACAAUCUACAUCUGUGUUAAAAUUUUAGCUAGCCUUGAAACUGUCUCUCUAGACAUGGAAGUUGGAAACCGUUAAAAAUACAUAGAGGUGUUCUUGUGCUUGGAUUGUGCAUGCAUGUCAGACCUCCAUGAGUUAAUGUAAUCCCAUCAUGUUGUGUCAAUGCAGAAACUUGUGUUCAAUUGUGCAAUUAUUAUUAAUAAAGAUGUAUUU